AAUAUCAUAAUCACUCUCCUCAAUCUCCACACCCCAACUUUCCCUUUCUCUCUCUACUGUUUCUUACUCUUCUAUACAGUUCUGUACAAUUCCAUCUCUCUCAUACUCUCUCUCUCUCACGCACUCACACACUUCUAUAACUUCGGCAUAUGCAUAUAGUUACAGUGUGCUGACAGAAGGAAGCAAAGAACUCGCAGAGAGAGAAAAGAGAGAAGAAUUGGGGAGAUGGGAGGGGUGACGUCAUCAAUGGCAGCAAAGCUGGCGUUUUUCCCACCGACGCCGCCGAGCUACAAGCUGGUUACUGAUGAAGCCACGGGGCUGCUGCUUCUCCACCCGUUUCCCCACAGGGAGAACGUGGACGUUUUGAAGCUUCCGACGCGGCGGGGGACGGAAAUCGUGGCGGUGUACGUGCGGUACCCUAUGGCAACUUCCACGCUGCUGUACUCCCACGGCAACGCGGCGGAUAUUGGGCAGAUGUACGAGCUCUUUAUCGAGCUCAGCAUUCAUCUCAGAGUUAAUCUCUUGGGGUAUGACUACUCGGGCUAUGGGCAAUCAUCUGGAAAGCCAAGUGAGCACAAUACUUAUGCAGAUAUUGAAGCUGCAUAUAAGUGUCUCGAAGAGAGUUAUGGGGCUAAGCAAGAAGAUAUCAUCCUAUAUGGUCAAUCUGUUGGUAGUGGCCCUACUGUAGAUCUUGCAGCUCGUUUGCCUAGACUAAGGGCUGUUGUUUUGCAUAGUCCUAUUCUGUCAGGCUUAAGAGUCAUGUACCCAGUGAAGCGCACAUAUUGGUUUGACAUCUAUAAGAACAUUGACAAAAUCCCCUUGGUGAAGUGCCCUGUUCUAGUUAUUCAUGGCACUGCUGAUGAUGUUGUCGACUACUCUCACGGGAAACAGCUUUAUGAACUAUGUCAAGAGAAAUACGAGCCCUUGUGGAUCAAGGGGGGAAACCACUGUGACUUGGAACUUUAUCCUGAUUAUAUCAAGCACCUAAAAAAGUUUGUGUCCACAGUAGAAAAACCUCCCUCCCAAAGGAACAUGUCGAGGAGAAGUAUCGACCGGCCCGAACAUUCCAGGAGGAGCACCGAUUGCCUUGAAGGUCCAAGGAAGAGCACCGACCGGAGAGAGAAACCUAGGCGGAGCACUGAUAGGCCAGAAAAACUAAAAGCGUUCGAAUACAAAUUUCACAAUGAGGACAAGCUUUCCAAGCUUAAAGUCUCGUUUGACCAAAUGGAAAGAUCCCGAAGGAGCGUAGAGUAUCAUGAGAAGUCCCGAAUGAGCAUCGACAUCCAGGGGCUUCAUGAAUAUGUCGAUGCUGCUGUAAAUUUCUGCCCGAUGUAUUGGCUGGUGGCAAGAAAGCAAUAGGAAGAAAGAAGAUUGGUCUAAAUUUAUGGUGGUGGGGUGUGUAACUUGGUCAUUGAAAUUUGAGUUGAUACUUUUUCAGUUUUUCUUGUUAUGAGAAAAAUGAAAAUGUGGGGGGGUAUAGUUUCCAUAUAAUUGAUUGCUCUUUGGAAAGUGUUGGGUCGCUAGUUCAUCAUUGCUGGGGACGUGCUUGUUGUAUAAAGAUUGGUUUUCGGCACUCGCUGUUUUCUCCUUUACCUAUUUAACAUUCUCCAAUCAAA